AUGUCUCAACAAAUGUACACCCGCGAAGAGUUCCUCUUCUUCUUCAUCAACCCCACCACCACCUCAUCAUACAUGACCGCAGAAUGCACAAUCUGCAGAGAACCUUUCUCGUCCUCCCCCGAUGGGUGUGCAGUAACUUUCUCAGACAAAGAAAGCUGUAAACACGUCUUUUGCAAACCCUGCAUCACCCAAUGGCUGCGCACCAAAGGGGUCAACUCCUGCCCAACAUGCAGGAGGCAACUCUUUGUUCUCGACAACGAGUACUAUGACGAUGAUGAUUUUUCUGAUGGAGAAGAUGAGGAAGAGGACGAGGACGAGGACGAGGACGAGGAGGAAGAAGGAGAAGCCGAAGUCUUCUUCACUAACGAGGAAAUCAUGGAAUUACUCGAAGACACUUGGUACAAGGUUUUCUGGUUGCUUGAUGAGCAUCGUCGGUCUGUCUCGAGGGCGGACAGCACUGUUCACGAAGAAGAAGACGAUGAAGACGAUGAAGAUGAAUUAGCCACCAAACCCCCUCUCCACUCUUCCACCCUCCUACAUUCCUUCAUGCGCACCGUCGCAUCCCGUGUGGACACUUACUACCUCAACGACGCUACGGGUUUCGCCACUGGCAUGAAAAUCAAUGUGCUUUCGUGUAUUCUCCUCCGAAUAACGGCCGAGCUGGUCAAGCGUAUCGAAAGCACCAGUGGAAAGGGAAAGGUGCCGGCUUUUUCGCGGGAGACGGCGGCGGAGUGGGAGGGGCCUUUGAAGUGGGUCAUGGGGUAUAUGUAG